AUGGCAGGGACCGGAAAGUCUACCAUUGCACGAAUAGUCGCACAAAGGCUUAGAGAUCGAGGGCUACUUGGCGCCACAUUCUUUUUCAAGCGCGGCAAAGGUAAUCGUGGCAUUGUAUUAGUGCGUUUGCGAGUAGUCUUGACAAGCAGACCUAAGCUUCCUGUCUGUCUGGGUUUCCUGAAGGAGGACAACUACCAGGACAUUGUUCUCCAUCAAAUUCCUGCUCUAGUGAUCAAACAUGAUAUUCACUCACUUCCCUCUGACUGGCCUGGAAAUGAAAAACUUGAGCAACUGGUGCAGAUGUCUCUGCCUUUGUUUAUCUUUGUAGCCACUCUUUGUCACUUUGUUAGGGAUAAGCACUGGCUUCCCAAGGAGCGUCUUACAGCUAUUCUUCAAGAUGAAGCAAUAUCAUCGACCUCCAAUAUAGAAAGGAUGUAUCUGCCAGUAUUGAACCAACUCCUUAAGACAAAAUCUGACACUAAGCGUGACCAACUCAUACAAGACUUUCAAGAUAUAGUUGGUGUGAUCGUUCUUCUAGCCACUCCGCUUUCUGUAGUUAGUCUUGCACGGCUGACCAAGAUACCUGAGAACAAAAUCACUCAUCGUUUGAAGAAAUUUCGCUCUGUCCUCAGUGUACCAGCCAAUCUUGAAGGUCCGGUCCGAAUUCUAUAUCUUUCCUUCCGAGAUAUCCUACUCUCUACGAAAUGUGAUUUUUGUAUUGACGAGAAACAUACGCAUCGAAAGUAUAAGGAUGUCAAUCCUCAGCUUAUCCAGCAGCGUCUCCCAGCUGAUCUACAAUACUCUUGUCAAUACUGGGUAUGUUAUCUUGAGCAGAGUAAAGAGCUCUUUGUAACUGCCGUUUUAACGUUUCUAAAGAAGCAUUUUCUUCACUGGUUGGAAGCGAUAAGUUUAAUGGGGAUAGCCUCAGAGGCUAUUAGGAUGAUAGAUAGACUACUAGUACAGUCGAUUGAAGAGGGCGGCCUAGAUUCUGAGCUUGCACAGUUUCUAAAGGACGCUCAACGAUUCAUCCUCAAAAAUCAUCAUAUGAUUCAAAUUGCUCCACUUCAACUUCACUACUCGGGACUUGCAUUUUCACCAACAGAGAGUAUCAUCAGAAAAUGA